AUGCGGGAAGUCAACUUCUCAAUACCUAAUGUAAACAAGGCAUCGGUUCAUAUAACCACGACAUUAUAUGACCGUCGAGCGCUCGACUGCACCUCGACACUGCCCCUCAUCAAUUCGCUCAACCAUCUUGCCUAUCUCACGACCUCGUCCGCUCGCAUACGAGACAUUCUCACAGUCGAUGGCGGUGUCGAAAGGCUUGUCUGUAUACUGAAAGAGGGCAGGAGCAAGGAUGAGAUGCAUAUGUGGAAAUGGAACCUGGCUUUUCAGUGCAUAGUCAAUAUUGGCGUUCGAGGCUCAGAAAAUGUACGAACUCGGGUGGUCGAGGCAGAUAUGGUCCCAGUGAUCGCUACCAUACUACAUGACUAUAUACUAGUCAUUGAGAAAGAGAAAGAGAAGGCCGAGGCGGAGACGGCAAGGACUUCAAAACACUGCUCGAGUUCGAGACACAGCAAACUCUCGCAGGACAUGCUCUCGGAUCCGCCCUCAAGAUCAUCAUUCCUAGAGCACCUGAACGCAACCGCAGAGACACGGCAACCCAGACGACAAGCGCCGCCUCCUUCACUCAACCUUGGCAGCACUGAUGCUACGACUGUUGGAGCCAGCACCGGACCGUCUGCCUUCACUUCUCCGCCAGAACGAACUUCUUUUACACGACCAGGUCCACCUCCACACAACCGCAGCUUCGAUGGCCGCCCUCACAGUCAUAGAUCAGUCGGUCUCAAUGCAUUGGCCACGGCUGUGCCACCUACAGACAAUUCAGAACCGUUCAAUAUCCGUCCUGUUCGGGAGGUUCAUCGCUUACCCUCUAUGAUCCCGGCCCUCCAGAGCGGCAUCGUGUCCAACCCAGAGUCGCCUACAACGCCGUUACCACCGGCUCGCGCACUCGACCACAGGAGGCCUCGGCGUCCGUCGAUACGGCAUCAGACUUCGACCUCGGCAGAUACUGAAGACACAAUAAUGGAAGACGUGGAGACGAAUACAGAGGUUCAGAAUCUGGGCGACAUAAGGGAGCCAAGUGCGCACAGCCGCAAUGGCAGCCGGGAUGCUAGCCCAAACGGUGACAAUGUUGAUGACGAGGUGGAGACAACGCUUCGACUUGAAAUCCCUGCAGCGGAUGAAGUUGACAACGUUGACAUCGCCCAACAAACACCAACAGUCGCCAAUGUCUUGAAUGCCAUCGGCGGACCCGACCAAGAGUCCAAUGGCACUUCGCCAUUGCCAAACGCUGUUGCGAACACUGCCUCUCCUGCUGUGCCGCUUGCUGCGUACCCGAACAUGUUUAUGCACAACGCAACCAGCCGUUCCGGCCCCAUCGCGUUGAUGCCGCGAGAUGAGGAUGUUCUUAUGGGCCUGCAGUUACUCGCAUACAUCUCGAAGUACUGCUACCUGCGACACUACUUUCAGCAAACCCAUCUCGUGCCUCGAUUGCGGAUAGACCGCGAGGUAGAAAGGUCUUACGGCUCAAACGAGAGCGAUUCGCCUAUCUCUGAGCCUGACGAGGACGAUCUGGAGGAAUAUCUGCAAGACGACGACUAUAAUAUUUUCCCGCUCGUCGAGAAAUUCACCGGAUCAGACAAUGUGCAAAUUAUCAAUGCGGCAAGUGGGAGGAAUAUCCUCGGCAGUUCGCCAAAUGUCGUCGGUGUCGGCGGACCAAAUAUUGCAGCAAGGUAUUUGAUCUCUUUGUCCUCGAAUAUCGUCAACUAA